UCCAUUUACAAGAUUCCCUUUACUUCUAAAACAUCUAUACAUAUAUAUGUAUAUAUGUAGCUAAAAUAACAUAUAUAAUAAUCAAUAUAUAUAUAUACAUAUAUAGAUAUUAAUUGUUUUAUCAUGGCUAACUCAAACUCAUCCUCCUUAAGAAUCAUAGUUGAGAAUAACCCUUCUGAAGCCAAGCUUUCCGAGUUGAAUAUCAAGUGUUGGCCCAAAUGGGGUUGUUCGCCUGGAAAAUAUCAGUUGAAAUUUGAUGCAGAAGAGACAUGUUAUUUGGUAAGAGGGAAAGUGAAAGCAUAUCCAAAAGGGUCAGAGUCAUCAUCAUCAUCAUCAUCAUCAGAACUGGUUGAGUUUGGAGCAGGGGACCUUGUCACCAUACCUAAAGGAAUGAGUUGCACUUGGGAUGUUUCGGUUGCUGUGGAUAAAUACUACAAAUUCGAGUCUUCAUCUUCUUCUUCUUCGUCUUCUUUUUCUUCUUCUACUUCUCUAUAGUACAUAUACGAGUAAUUAGUGAAAAUGACUUAUUUUUUGAAGUCGUUUUGCACAUCUAAUUUUAAUAAUUUUUUGCAAAAGGAUCUCGAUUUAAAAUUUCGAUCCAAUGUUAUCUGUAGUGUCGGAGAUUAUUCUGUAAAAAUAUAUCAAAAUUAGAUUAAAGUGCAAAAUCACUUUAGAAAAGUAUGAUUGCAAGUUGAUAGGGUUAUAACUAGGGUUUACUAUAUUGCUUCAUGAGUUCAACUUUAAAAAAUCUGUUUUUUUUUUUCAUCAUUUAUUUAUAAAGAAUUUUGGGUUAUUUCUA